AUGAAGUGCUCCGAUCUGCUCCUGCUGAUAUGUUGCCUGUGCAGCCUGGGCACACUGGGAGGCGCCGCGGAGAUGGAGCAGGUUCUGAUGAAGAAGGUCUUCACCAACUACAACCGCAUGGUCCGGCCAGCCCCCACCCCGGAACACAGGGUGGUGGUCCGCGUGGGUAUGGUCCUGUCCUCCUUCGUUGGGCUGAAUAUGAAGAAUGAAGAAAUGAGCACGGUUGUUGUCAUGGACCUGGAAUGGACAGAUCAUCGGUUGUCCUGGAAACCAAAGGAGUAUGAAGGGAUUGAGGUGUUGCGUAUCCCCGCUGCGAAGGUUUGGCUGCCGGACAUCGUCCUGUUCAACAAUAAUGACGGCGUGUUUCAUGUGGCCUUGGAAGUCGCCAUCCAGGCAUACAGUACCGGCAGAAUAACCUGGACCCCCCCUGCACUGUACUGCAGCUCCUGUGGAGUUAAGGUAGCAUUGUUCCCUUUUGACUGGCAGAACUGCACCAUGCAGUUCCGCUCCUACACGUACGACUCGACGGAGAUCGACCUGCAGUACGCGCUGGACUCAAAGGGCAAAGAGAUAAAAGAGAUCCUACUGGACGAUGGCUACACCGAGGGCGGCGAGUGGCACAUCAAGCACAAGCCGGCGAGGAAGGUAAUGAGUGACGACAUGUACGAGGACAUGGUCUUCUACCUGAUCAUCGAGAGGAAGCCCUUGUACUACGUGCUGAAUAUCAUCCUCCCCUGCAUCCUCAUCACCAUCAUCGCCAUCUUCAACUUCUACCUGCCGCCUGAUGCAGGUGAGAAGAUGGGUCUGUCCAUCAACGUGUUGCUGACCCUCACUGUCUUCCUGCUGCUGCUGGCUGAUAAGAUCCCAGAGACGUCCCUGGGCGUCCCCAUCAUUGUCAACUACAUCAUGUUCACCAUGAUUCUCGUCACCUUCUCCGUCAUCCUCGGUGUGGUCGUCCUCAACCUGCAUCACCGCUCCUCCAACACCCAUUCGAUGCCAAUGUGGGUCCGUAAGAUCUUCAUCCACAUGCUUCCUCCUUACCUUCGCAUGCUGCGGCCCAAAGUGGAGACCCCCCUGUACCUGGACAACCUGCCCCGCCGAGAGAAACCCAAGAUCGCCAUCAGCAAAGUGGCCGAUGAAUACUUCAUCCGCAAACCAGACUCGUCCAUCUUGUUCCCUAAGCCCCACAGGUUUCAUCCAGAGGGCAUGUGCACAGACAUGAGAAAGUUUAUCAACGGCCCCAGUAGCUACCUUUCAUUACCGGAUGAGCUGAAGUCAGCCAUAGACGCCAUCACAUAUAUCGCGGAGGCUCUACAGGCUGCGAAAGACGACGAGGCUCUGAAGGAGGACUGGCAGUACGUGGCCAUGGUGGUGGACCGCAUGUUCCUCUGGCUCUUCGUCGUCAUCACCACCGUGGGAACCUUGGCCAUCUUCUCCGACGCCAAAUUCAACCACACGCCCACUGACCCGUUUCCAGGCCAACUGAAUCACUGA